AUGGUCCACAAUGCUGCUCAUUCAUGGCACACUGGCUACUGUGAUUGUUCAUCUCAUUGUCGCUCUUGUUGCCUCACAUUAUUUUGUCCCUGUGUUGCCUUUGGAAGGGUAGCUGAGAUUGUUGACAAAGGAACAACUUCUUGUUGUGUGCACGGACUAUUUUACUGCCUGCUUGGUGGUUUUACUUAUGUUGGUUCGUCACUCUAUGCAUGCAUUUAUCGUACAAAAUUAAGGAAGACUUAUGGAAUUGAUGGGAGCAAAACUUGUGAUUGCAUCGGCACCUGUUGUUGUCUCUCAUCAAUUUCCAUUUGCCAAGAAUUUCGUGAGCUAGAAUCCCGUGGUUUCGACGUGUCUGCCGGUUGGAAAGAGAACGUGAGAGUGAAAACCAGAGGGGUGAUGGAGAUGGAGGCUCCAACAAUUGAAAAUGGCAUGGCCCGUAAAUAG